AGGUUGGAUGUAACAAAAAGAUGUUUAAAUGGUAGUGAGUGAGUUCUAGUCGAUAACGGAGAAAUACUCUUAUACCAAGUAUGAGUGCGGGAUUCAUUCAUUCGAUUGAUGCCAACCGUGUACAUGUCCUGGAGUAUGAAAAGAGGGAGUUUCAGGUUAAAGUUUUACGAGUAGUUCCAUUGAAACGACUCAAUGAUGCUGCCCUGAACAGUGGCGCAACAAAUGGGCUUACUUUCCAUGAGUACUUCAUGAAAGAGAUGUUGAGGUGGUUCAAACAAGAGUUCUUCACAUGGGUGGACUGUAAGCCUUGUGCAGUGUGUGGUUCUCCUUCUCAGAGUGGGGAGCCGUUACAGCCUACACCUGAAGACCUUUCUGCAGGAGCCACCAGAGUUGAAAAUCAUCAAUGUACUAUUUGUGGAGCGAGCCAGCGUUUCCCGCGGUACAACAGUCCCAGCAAGCUGCUGGAGACACGUGAGGGACGGUGUGGGGAGUGGGCAAACUGUUUUACAGGAAUUUGCAGGGCCCUCGGUUAUGAUGCUAGGUACAUAUACGACGCUACAGACCACGUGUGGACAGAGAUAUUCUCUCCACAUCUAGACCGCUGGGUCCAUGUUGACUCUUGCGAGAACGCAUGGGACAGACCGCUGAUGUACGAGCAGGGAUGGAAGAAACAACUGAGUUACGUCAUAGCAUUCUCUAAAGAUGAAGUUGUGGACGUAUCUUACAGAUAUACGCUGAAUCCGAGUGAGAUAAAACCUCGUCGGGUUGAGGAGACGGCUGUUCAAAACAAAAUAGCAAACUGCAACCGGUUGAACUUCAGACAUUCUCCUGAUAAACAACACUUCCUGACGAAAAGGCUCGCUAAGGAGAUGACUGCUAUGCUAUUGAAACAUAACCUAGUGACAGGAUCUGGAAAAGUGUACGCGGGUCGAGAGAGUGGUUCUCUGGACUGGAGACAGAGUAGAGGGGAGGGUGGCACUAUGUCCCACCAGGAGGAGGGUGGAGCGGUUAUAAAGUCUGGAGAUGCAACACAUUCCUUCUCUGUUAGAUACUGUCCUGCUGCGGAUAAAUACCUCAUAUCAAGGGACGGGGGCCCUGACCAGGUGUUGGCACCAUUCGAUUCCUUGGUGUUCAAGAAUGAAAAUGUUGUCAGGAAAGCGGAAUACGACUGGAACAUGGUAUAUCUGGCUCGAGCAAACAGUAGCAAAUCUUCAAUAAAGUGGCGAGUAGAAUGCAGCAAGCCGAUAAAGUCGGCCCUGAUCACGAUGCUCCACACCACUUACCACGAGGGCCAGGUGAUCUGGUCAUGUGAUCUGGAUGGAGAGACUUCCUCUUUUCAGCCACAAUUCUCCGAUAUUGACUUGUCUAAGCUAGAAGGGUUCUGUACAUUCUCCAUUACCGCUAAAAUGAGUAGUCCUGGUACUCAGGAAAACUGUUGGCAGCACACUCAACUCUUUAGAACAGAUUUAGGGAGGGAGGAGACACCUUUUCAAAUUGACCUUACUUUUUAGACUGAAACUGACAGUGCCCGGGUGCCCCUGGGCCUACUUAGUGAAUUUUUAAUGGGGUUUUCAUUUUGCUUCUAGUUGCAGAUGUUGCUUACUUUUUUAAACCUGAAAGACUGAUUUUAUAAAUGAAUUUUUGACUAUAAGCGAAUUUUCAAUUAUUAUCCUGAGCUGGAAAUGUUUACGUACUUGGUUGUUUGUUUUGAUUUCAGUAUUUUGUUCGAAGUUAAGAUAACAGUGAACAUAGUUGCUUUUAUUUUACCCUGAACUGUGAUGAACCUGAUGCUUAGAUUUUACCAAUCUUCUAAAUUUAAUGUUACAACAAUAUGACAAAUACCAAAUACCUUCCCUUACCU